UAAAUCGAUCUGCUUGCUCCUCCUCCUCUCCUGUCCCUGUCCAGACAAUACACGAGAGAAUUGUAUAAUCCUUCUCCUACCCUGGUCAGUUGCUCUGCUAAUCCGUUCAAGUUCUGUCGCUUCCACCCCACGGAACGGAAGACAGCAGCCAGUUCUGAGAAUUUCGUUCCGUGCGCCUGCGAAUUUCUUUGCGGUUUUCAGUUCCGGUGCAAAGAUCCAAGUUUUGUUUUAAUUAGUUCCCCAAAAUUUGUCAACCUUGUGAAGUUCUUGGAGCGAAAUCGCGAGCUGUUUGAAGGUUUUUUUUUUUCUGCUUUGAAAUCCCCUUUCCUGGGGUGUUUGGAAUGGGUUUUUGAUACAAAGAUUGGAGCUUUUUCUGGUGCUGUUAAUCUUGGAGCAAAGGGUUGUGUUUUUUGUUGUUCGACUCUUGCUCUGCGAGGACGAAGGCCAUGGGAGGCGGCGUCACGGAGCGGCUCCCGGAGGGCAGCGAGCCGCUGCUCCCGGCGAAGCGGGAGGGAGAGGACGAGUUCAGCGGCGCCUCCUUCGCCGGCGCGGUGUUCAACCUGUCGACCACCAUCGUCGGGGCCGGAAUCAUGGCGCUGCCGGCCACGAUGAAGGUGCUGGGGCUCGUCCCGGGCCUCGUCAUGAUCGUGCUCGCCGCGCUCCUCACCGACGCCUCCAUCGAGCUGCUCGUCCGGUUCAGCCGCGCCGUCGGCGCGCCGUCGUACGGCGCCGUCAUGGGGGACGCGUUCGGGUGGUGGGGGAGGAGGCUGCUCCAGGUCUGCGUCGUCGUCAACAACAUCGGCGUCAUGAUCGUCUACAUGAUCAUUAUUGGUGAUGUGCUUUCUGGAACCUCCUCUGGUGGUGAGCAUCAUUAUGGUGUUUUAGAAGGAUGGUUUGGGACACAUUGGUGGAAUGGGCGUUUCUUCGUUCUCCUGGUUACAACAAUUGUGGUGUUUUCUCCACUCGCAUGUUUGAAGCGUGUUGAUUCACUGAGCUAUACGUCUGCCAUAUCUGUUGCUCUAGCAGUUGUUUUUGUUAUUAUUACUGCUGGAAUUGCUAUUGUCAAGUUGAUAAAAGGACAAAUUCCAAUGCCUAAGUUGUUUCCUGAUGUUCCUGAUUUGGCAUCUGUGUGGGAGCUUUUCACAGCAGUGCCAGUUCUUGUCACUGCUUAUGUUUGCCAUUAUAAUGUCCAUCCAAUUCAUAACGAGCUCAAGGACCCAUCGCAGAUUAAGCCAAUAGUACACACAUCCUUGGUUCUAUGCUCAACUGUCUAUAUAACAACAAGUUUCUUUGGAUAUCUCCUAUUUGGUGAAUCUACUCUGUCUGAUGUGCUCGCCAAUUUUGACUCCAAUCUUGGCAUUCCAUACAGUUCGGUGCUUAAUGAUGCUGUUAGAGUGAGCUAUGCUGUCCAUCUUAUGCUUGUAUUCCCCAUGAUAUUCCACGCCCUACGGCUUAAUUUGGAUGGGCUUCUCUUUCCCUCAUCGGGGCCUCUGUCAUCUGACAACCGAAGAUUUUCUGUAAUGACAGCGGUACUUCUUCUAGUUAUUUUCCUAUCUGCAAAUUUCAUUCCGAGCAUCUGGGAUGCCUUCCAAUUUACUGGUGCAACUGCUGCUGUUUGUAUCGCCUUCAUUUUCCCAGCCGCAAUCACUCUAAGGGAUCCAAACAGCAUAGCAAAGAAGUGGGACAAAAUCCUAUCCAUCUUCAUGAUUGUUCUCGCAAUUGUAUCAAACGUAGUAGCUGUCUAUAGCGAUGCAUAUUCAAUAUUCCAGAAGAAAAGUUCCCCUUCCAUCGCCUGAUCUUCCUAAUUUCUAUCGGCGAAUCAGUGGUGGAUUGUUUGUCUGAAGGAUGGCUUGUACAUUAUCUAGCCAAUAAAAUCAUUAUUAGGCGAAUAUAAAUUUUACGGCUUAUUUGGCAGACCACCCUCGACUCAACUAUAUUGAGUUGAAUGUAUAUAUCUACGGGAGGAUGGGUGUGUAAACUUUGGCCUGAACUGUUUUUAGUCCAAUGUACAAUUACAGUAUCAACUUGAAUCAAAUGUGAAUUAUGGAG